UUGCCCUCAGUUUAUGUCCGUUGGCCGGCUCCGAAACAGCGAUGUUGUGUUAGUAUCAUGUCCGUAUAUUAGUGUGAUAGUUUUUUAAUAAAAUAUCGACAAUUGUUAAAUAUAGAGCUAAAAUACGCGUAGCAUGAUUGUUCGCCGUUUAUUACAGUGAUAGUAUUUCAAGGCUAAAUUAACUUUACAGUGAUGAGGACUAUUAUCUUUGAAAUUGUUGAGUAGCAUUACGAUAAUUGGGACGCCUUUGGCAUCCAUUUACUUAUUAUGAUGACCAGCGUGGGUCAUUCAAAAGUAUUCAUAUUGGAUAAAUACUUCACCGAGCUACAAAAAUUUUGGGAAACGGAAAUUAAGCUUCAGGAUGCGUCCUGUUCAAAUGAGGCUGUACAUUUACAGCAAAGACUGCGUAGCCUGAGUACCGAACUGGUUACUCUCCGGAAUAGCCUUAAUCAAGGUCAAGGAGCAACAAAUGGUGGCCAAGGGUGUUCUUUGCAACCAAUUAAACAAUUGCCGGCAAAUUUCACUAAUAAUAAUAAUAAUGGUGCAUUGAAUACUGGCAAAUCAGCUCCUACCAGUCCAUCGAAAACUUUGUUAGCCCCGCCGGUGUUACCAAGAACCUCGUUACCCACUUUACCUAUUUCAGAUAAGCUCUUUAAAGGUAAAGAUGAAUUGGUAUGUAAUGACCAAAUACCCAAAUGUCUUAGUACAACAUCAAUUGCUACACAGCAACAACAACAACAACAGAAGACUGAAACGAACCAGCAGCAGCAACAGACGCAACGGCGGUCAAAUGGACCGGCUGCAGCCGCCACAGGGUAUACUACCGGUACAGGUGGGUUGACCGUUGACGGUGACCUGAUCCAUCUUCCUGGGCCAUUGACCGAAGAUGCAGUGCUUAAGGCUUUGCAUAGUCGGUUUUGCACGACACAAAUGUUUACCAACAUUGGGCCCGUUUUACUAUGUAUGAAUUCAUAUAAAGACGUUGGAAAUCCAAUGACUUUAACUAGUAUGAGGGGAGCUUCAUUAGAUUUGAAACUGCAUAAAGUAAUUCUAGAUGCUGUUAGACAACAAACUGAAUCUGGUUACCCUCAAGCAAUCAUACUAUCUGGUAUCAGUGGUUCUGGUAAAACGUACGCAUCAAUGUUAUUGUUAAGACAAUUAUUCGAUGUGGCAGGUGGUGGUCCAGAAACCGAUGCCUUUAAGCAUUUAGCCGCUGCAUUUACAGUGCUUAGAUCUUUAGGCUCAGCCAAAACAUCUUCAAAUUCAGAGUCUAGUCGAAUCGGACAUUUCAUCGAAGUACAAGUUACUGAUGGUGCUUUGUAUCGAACAAAAAUACAUUGUUAUUUCUUGGACCAAACAAGAGUCGUACAUCCAUUACCAAAUGAAAAAAAUUAUCACAUAUUUUAUCAAAUGCUCGCUGGUUUAACUCAAGAUGAAAGAGUUAAAUUGAACUUGGAAGGAUAUUCCCCUUCUAAUCUACAAUAUUUGAUGCAUGGCGAUACAAGACAAGAUGAAGUUGAAGAUGCAGCAAGAUUUCAGUCGUGGAAAUCUUGUCUAGGACUUCUCGGUAUCCCUUUCAUGGAUGUUGUUAGAGUUCUUGCCGCUGUCUUGCUAUUGGGUAAUGUCAAUUUUGUAAAUAAUGGAACUGGUGAAGUUAUCGCCAAAGGUGAAAAUGAAUUGGCUGCUGUAGCUAGAUUAUUGGGCAUUUCGUUCCCAUCAUUACUCCGGGGUAUUACAACAAGAACAUAUUCGGAAACUACUCGAGGAAACACUCAAUUAAUAAAAACUAGUUGCGAUGCUAACAUGGCUAAUUCUAUUAGAAAUUCUCUAGCCAAAGCUCUUUACUGUAGAACUGUUGCUACUAUCGUACGGAGAGCAAAUAGCAAACGAUUGGGUUCAACACUAGGAACACUCAGUAGCGAUUCAAAUGAUUCUGUACACAACCAAGCUGAUGCCGCUAGUCAACACGCUUCUACUAUUGGUACAGCUGGUUCAAAAUCUAGUAAAUCUAUGGCUGCAUUGAACAAUGCUGUAAAUAUCGCUAGACAUGCAACGGAUGGGUCUAUAGGAAUUUUAGAUAUGUUUGGAUUUGAAGAACCCAAACCAAGCCAACUAGAACAUCUUUGCAUCAACCUUUGUGCCGAAACUAUGCAACAUUUUUAUAACACUCACAUAUUUAAAUCAAGCAUUGAAUCAUGUCGGGACGAAGGAAUACACUGUGAUAUAGAAGUAGAUUACGUAGACAAUGUACCUUGUAUAGAUCUCAUUUCAUCAUUAAGAACUGGAUUGUUAAGUAUGUUAGAUGUCGAAUGUUCCAUCAAUGGCUCAGUUGAGUUGUAUUUGAGGAAAGUUAAAAGCCAACAUAGAAAUAAUCCAAGGCUUGUAGAAUCUAAAACAAUUGAUCAAAGAUAUUUCUGCAUUCAACAUUUCGCUGGUAGAGUUGUUUAUAAUGUUACAGAUUUUUUGGAAACUAAUAAAGAUGUAGUGCCCGAUGAUCUCGUGUCCGUUUUCCAUAAGGGAUUAUGUUCCUUUGGUUUCGCUACACAUUUAUUUGGAAGUGAGCUCAAAGCACUUUACAGCCUUGAAACUGUCCCAAGAGGAAUAAAAUUUCGAAUAUCACCAACAUCACAUUCUGAUUUAUUGAAUGGAAAUGAACCAGUGUCUACAUUAACUCAAGAUUUUCAUACUCGACUCGAUAAUUUAUUGAGAUCAUUAGUUCAUGCUAGACCUCAUUUUGUGCGUUGUAUUAAAUCUAAUGCUACAGAGACCCCUGAAAAAUUUGAUAGAGCUGUAGUUAUGCGACAAAUACGUUCAUUACAAGUUUUAGAAACUGUAAAUUUGAUGGCGGGAGGUUUCCCUCAUCGAAUGCGAUAUAAAGCUUUUAAUCUAAGAUAUAAGACUUUGGCGCCAUUCAACAAACUAAUGAGGAUCGACGAUAGAGCAACUGAUGACUGCAACUUAAUAUUACAGUGUAUUGAAGAAAAAAUUAACACAAAAUAUAGUGAAGUUAGUAUGAAUUGGGCAUUUGGAAAAAGACAUGUUUUCUUAAGUGAGGGUGUUAGACAGCUUCUAGAAAAACUUAGAUGGGAAACUCACCAUAAUGCGGCUGUACUUAUACAAUGUACCUGGAGAAGUUGGAGAAUGCGUAGAAAAUGGCCUGGCACCAAGAGAGUGUUACAAAUGCAGCAGUCUGUUAAUCCAAUUACACAAUGUUUAAACGGAAAGAUAAAUAUGAAUAACAGAAAAGUAAAUAACAUAAACAGUGCAUCUGGUACACAAGUUGCAAAUUAUCCUAUUUCAAAUAAUACUAAUACUGCUACUCUUACAAGACCUAGACCACAACCAAUAACCGGUACACCACCUCCGGAUCAAACUGAAAAAUUCGACCAAACAAUUUUACAAACAUGUAAUCUAGUUGGAUUAAAUUUAGAACGACCUCCACCAUUACCUCCUAGUCGCUCGUACACUGUAUCAGGCAAUACUAAAGUCGGUUAUCCACAAAGUCGUAUAAUGAAAAAGUCAUAUCCAGAAGAAGGAAAUUGUGAUGUUACUUUAAUGAAAGGUGAUUUGGUUAUCGUAGUUGGUGCAUCUAGUAGAAGAGGACAUCUAAUUGUUGAAUAUUGUAAUCGAAGUCUUGACGUGCCAUUCCAAUUUUUAGAAUUGAAGCCUAGACCUGUUGCUAUAUAAAAGCUGAAAUUUAUUUAGGCAAAAUAUAAAAAGUAGUAUCAAAAUGUUUAUAGAAAUAAUUUUUAUUGUUAAUAUUAUUCAGGUUCUUAUAUAGAAUAUUCAAAAUUUCUAUUUACUUGAACCAUGUAUAUAUAAUUUUUGUAUUAUAAUAAUACAUCAAAUUUAGUACAAAUUGGUUAUAUUUAAACCUUGUUAAUUGUAUAUGGUAUAUUAUAUUAUGUAUAAU